GGAUAUGACGUAACGGAAUUGGAACAUCAAAACAACAACAUCCAAAUCAGCGAUUCUUCCCUUUUUCUUCUUUCCUUGGUGUGUUAAAAAACUAAUAACACUAAGAAAGGAGCUCUGCUUUUCCCACGAGGCACACUGUGAGGCAGCGAGUGCGAAAAUCUACAAUUUGCUUUGUCUUGACGCCUCGAGCAACCGAUGGCCCUGCCCUCAAGACUGAGCUGACUUCUGAUUUGAAGAACUGAUUGCCCCCCUGUCCUGCAACACUAAGGGUCAGGCGGCUGUUUGACCACCGCUGGAGCUAAAGAUUGCUUAGAAUAAGCAAACCCAUAGCAAAAGGUUUUCCAAGUCAUGAUGCAAGGAUCUGGGGCCGAUGUGACAAGCAAUAAAACAGCAGAUGAAAAUUCCCUUGUGAGUGUGGAGGGCAGUCCCAAGGAUGGACACCCUAAGAGUACCACGCCGUCAGCAGAAUUGACCCCAUCUGACUUCCUGCAUCUUCAGCAGCACCAGGCUCUUGAAGUGGCUCGGCAGAUACUGCUCCAACAUCAACAGCAGCAGCCACAACAGCAGCCCCAGUCCCAGCAACUGCAGUCACAACAAAACACUGGCUGCAAAUCCCCCAAAGCCAACAACACGCAGCAGUGCCUGCAGGUCCCACUGUCAGUGGCUAUGAUGACACCUCAAGUGAUAACUCCACAGCAGAUGCAGCAGAUCCUCCAGCAGCAAGUCCUGAGCCCUCAGCAGCUCCAGGUUCUCCUUCAGCAGCAGCAGGCCCUCAUGUUACAGCAGCAGCAACUCCAAGAAUUCUACAAAAAGCAGCAAGAACAGCUCCAUCUCCAGCUUCUACAGCAGCAGCAGCAGCAGCAUGCAGGCAGCAAGCCGAGUAAAGAGGUGUCAGCACAGCAGUUGGCCUUCCAGCAGCAGCUAUUGCAGGUCCAGCAGGUACAGCAGCAGCAUCUGCUCAACCUUCAGAGGCAAGGGCUUCUCACAAUCCAGCCCGGACAGACCGGCCUGCCAUUGCACUCGGUGACUCAGGGCAUGAUUCCAGCAGAGCUGCAGCAACUGUGGAAGGAGGUGACAAAUGCUCAUGUGAAGGAGGAACACAACAACAGCAGCAACAAUGGCCAGCGGGGCCUUGACUUGUCAUCCCCGGCACCGCCAAAGAACACACAACUCAACCAGCAUGCCUCCACAAACGGGCAGUACAUGGCCUCCACAAACGGCCAGUAUGUGAGUCAUAAGAGAGAAGGAUCCACACCAGAAGAGCUGCCCCCCCACAGUCACCCUCUCUAUGGUCAUGGUGUUUGCAAGUGGCCUGGAUGUGAAGCUAUAUUUGACGAUUUCCAGUCAUUCCUCAAACAUCUUAACAAUGAACAUGCCCUGGAUGACAGGAGCACGGCCCAGUGUCGGGUGCAAAUGCAGGUCGUACAACAGCUGGAGCUGCAGCUAGCGAAAGACAAAGAGCGUCUGCAAGCAAUGAUGACACACCUCCAUGUCAAGUCCACAGAACCAAAAGCCACUCCACAGCCGCUCAACCUCGUGUCAAACGUCAAACUGUCCAAAUUAGCCCCUGAAGCCUCUCCUCCUCUUAGCUUGCCCCAGACCCCCACCACACCCACAGCACCCCUAACGCCGCUGUCCCAAACCCAUUCAGUCAUCACCGCCAACAGCAUCCACAGUGCAGCUCCCAUGAGACGGCGCUACUCGGAAAAGUACAACAUGCCCAUCUCUCCAGAUAUCAGUCAGAACAAAGAGUUUUACAUGAAUGCAGACGUCAGACCACCGUUUACAUACGCCUCUCUAAUACGACAGGCAAUCCUUGAAUCUCCAGAGAAGCAGCUAACACUAAAUGAAAUCUACAACUGGUUCACACGAAUGUUUGCAUAUUUCAGGCGCAAUGCAGCGACGUGGAAGAAUGCAGUCCGGCAUAAUCUUAGUCUUCACAAGUGUUUUGUGCGAGUAGAAAACGUAAAAGGGGCUGUGUGGACAGUCGACGAAAUUGAGUUCCAAAAGAGAAGGCCUCAAAAGAUAAGUGGAAGUUCAGCCUUAGUGAAGAACAUUCAGACCGGCCUGGGCUAUGGUCCAACCCUUUCUGCUGCCUUCCAGGCUUCAAUGGCAGAAAACAACAUACCUCUAUACACUACUGCUUCCAUUGGAAGUCCCACCCUCAUCUCCCUGGCCAACGCCAUCCGUGAGGAGAUGAAUGGAGCAAUGGACCAUGGAAACAGCAACGACAGUGACAGUUGCCCGGGACGCUCUCCCCUGCCAGCUAUGCAUCACACCAGCGUUAAGGAGGAGCCACUGGACCCCGAAGACCACGAAGGACCCCUCUCCCUGGUAACGACUGCCAAUCACAGUCCAGAUUUCGAUCACCACAGAGAUUACGAUGACGACCAGGGCCAAGAUGACAUGCUGUAAAACUCGUGCCGCCCCCUCCCUGGCUUUAGAGGCAGAGGCAGUCUGGGUCAUGUGGGAGACUGAAGCCCUCUAAAACACUGACUUGCAGUCUCAGCCACUGUUGACAGCUCUAAAAUGUCUCCAAGUCAACUUUUUAGUGCCAUUACAAUACAAAGAGAAAACAUACAAAAACACAGAAUACUCCCUACAUGAGUUUUUUUUAUGCAGAUAACUUUUUACUUUGAUUUCACGUUACGCCUACAAGUGAAAAGCUUUAUUUCUUAUCAUGUGGUGGUUACACUUGUUUGGUACAGGGGGUGACGCGUUACGUGGUGGGAGACCCUCAUUGUGCAGCCAGAGAAGACUGUAUUCAUUGGACUGCAGGAGGGAUAUUGUCUCUACCACCCCCCACCCACCCACAAACACAUCUGACCACAAACUCAAGAGAAAUGACUGACGUUUAAUUUACACGCCCUGCAUGUUCUGUGUAUGUGUGUGAGGACUAGUGUGGACUUCUGUUAAUUGCCACUGCCUUCAACACUUUCAUCGGUUAUGCUUUUUAUACUUUGGGAUGGAUGCUGUUUUUAUUUGGGUGUAUAUUUUGUUGGGAAUGAGAGUUUUUAAGCAUCAACAAAAUGUAUCUUUUACUUUCAAUGCUGUUAAUUGUGGUAUUUUUUUCUUUUGAACUGAUCAGACCUCAUGCCUAAGCUGUGGAGAUUCUGUAUGGUCAGCACUUGAUGAUGAAUGUUUAUGAUUUCCUUUCAUGUAUUUCUUUCAAACGCAUACAUGAAGCCGAAUGUCUGAUACCAAGUAGUAUUUUUCUGUCAUUUAUUCCAAAGUCUUUGAAAAAAAAAAAAGUCAGGAGUCUGAUGUGUAGCCCACCCUUCUUCCCUUUUACGCCCCCCCGCUCAUGAUGUCCAUUGGUAAUGCAC